AGUAACCUAAGACAUCAGACAUCCGUGAUAUCUUUAACUGCUAUCCCUGUCCGGUCUCAAGAACGGAGCCCGCACUUGUGUUGUUUGUCCCCUUUUGCAUAUCCAGGGCGGAGCAAACGCACCCAUCAUCGGGAACCGGCGGAGCGGGCACUGAAGUUAUUAGAGUACUUCACUGUACAUGAGUACCCGGCAUCUGGAUAAGACCGCUUCCCUUUUAUAACCGCAGCUCGCCACCCAUCUACAUCUCACCUCGCACCUCGCCGGACGGGGUUUUUUGACAGCAUUACACACGCAAGUCACCGUGAAAUCGGCGAUUCGCAUGGUGAAGACGAUCCACUCUUGGUUGAUCCCAUUGCACGAAACGUCCAGCAUCAACAUUGGUUGGACCCGGAUCUUAGACGUUUACUUAGCCCAUCAUGGCUCCCUCGGCCGUCUCUCCAGAGCCCAGCUUGCCACCACCCGGCACACUCACGACCGCCUUUGACGAUACACUCCGUUUCUACUUGAACGGCACCCGCGUUGUCUUGGACGAGAUCGACCCUGAGGUCACCCUGCUAGAAUACCUCCGGGGCAUCGGCCUGAGAGGCACAAAGCUCGGCUGUGGCGAAGGUGGCUGCGGCGCCUGCACCGUGGUGGUAUCCCAGUACAACCCCACGACCAAGCAAAUCUACCACGCCAGCGUCAACGCCUGUCUCGCGCCCUUGGUGUCUGUCGACGGCAAGCAUGUCAUCACGGUCGAGGGCAUCGGCAACGUCAACCGCCCCCACCCGGCUCAGGAAAGGUUAGCCAAGGGCAACGGGUCGCAGUGCGGGUUUUGUACCCCCGGGAUUGUCAUGAGCUUGUACGCCCUGCUGCGGAACAACCAGGCCCCGACCGAGCAUGACGUUGAGGAGGCGUUUGAUGGGAACUUGUGUCGCUGCACGGGCUACAGACCGAUUCUUGAUGCCGCGCAGACUUUUAGUGUCAGAGCGUCCGGUGCGCCGAGGGGGCAGGGGUGUGGGAAGAGUACGGUGAAUGGGGGGAGUGGGUGUUGUAUGGAGAAGAAUGAUGAUGGUGCAGGUGGUGGGUGUUGUAAGAAAGAUGGCCAGGUGGAUGGUGUUGAUGGCGACGGGCAGGCAAUCAAGAGAUUCACCCCGCCGGGGUUUAUCGAGUACAACCCGGACACGGAGCUCAUCUUCCCGCCGGCGCUGAGGAAGCAGGAGUUGCGCCCGCUGGCCUUUGGCAACAAGCGCAAGCGGUGGUUUCGGCCCGUGACCCUGAACCAGCUGCUCGAGAUCAAGGCCGCGUAUCCCACCGCCAAGAUUAUUGGUGGCAGUACCGAGACGCAGAUCGAGAUCAAGUUCAAGGCGCUGCAGUAUCCCGUGUCGGUCUAUGUGGGCGACAUAGCCGAGUUGCGGCAGUACAGUUUGAAGGAGGAUCAUGUUGAGAUCGGGGCGAAUAUUACGCUUACGGACCUCGAAAGGGUUUGCCAGGAAGCGAUCAAGCAUUACGGCGAGGCUCAAGGACAGGUGUUCGCCGCCAUUUACAAGCAGCUCAAAUACUUCGCGGGCAGACAGAUCAGAAACGUGGGCACACCGGCUGGCAACUUGGUUACUGCGUCCCCAAUCUCAGACUUGAACCCGGUGUUCAUGGCAGCCGACGCCGUGCUGGUGGCCAAGUCGCUGGUAAAGGAGACCGAGAUACCCAUGAGCGAUUUUUUCAAGGGCUACCGCCGGACAGCGCUGCCGACUGAAGCCAUUCUCACCUCAAUCCGCAUCCCGCUCACCCAGCCGAAAACCGAGUUCCUCCGUGCUUACAAACAGGCAAAGCGAAAGGAUGACGACAUCGCCAUUGUCACGGCAGCCCUGAGACUCCGCCUCAGCGAAGACGGCAUCGUCGAGGUAGCCAACCUCGUGUAUGGCGGCAUGGCACCCAUGACGGUGGCUGCAAAGAAGGCCAACGCCUACCUUACCGGAAAGAAGUUCGCCGAGCUUGACACACUCGAAGGGGCCAUGAACGCCUUGGAACAAGACUUCAAUCUGGAAUUCGGUGUGCCCGGCGGCAUGGCUUCGUACCGAAAAUCCCUCGCCCUGGGCUUCUUCUACCGCUUCUAUCACGAGGUGAUGCAGAGCCUUGGCAGCGGCGAGGCCGACGCGGAAGCCGUGCCCGAGCUUGAGCGGGACGUCUCCACGGGCAAGGAAGACAAGGCGGCCGCAGCGGCAUACAUGCAAGAAACGGUUGGGAAAUCCAACCCGCACGUUGCGGCUUUGAAACAGGUCACUGGUGAAGCGCAGUACACGGACGACAUCCCGCCGCUCAAGAACGAGCUCUACGGGUGUCUGGUUCUGUCCACCAAGGCUCAUGCCAAGAUAUUGUCGGUUGACUACUCCGCCGCGCUUGAGGUUCCCGGCGUGGUGGACUACGUGGACAAGAACGACAUGCCGAGUCCGGAAGCCAAUCGUUGGGGUGCGCCGCAAUUUGAGGAGGUCUUUUUUGCGGAGGAUACGGUGUACACUGCCGGACAACCGAUCGGUUUGAUCCUUGCCACGUCGGCUGCGCGCGCCGCAGAGGGCGCCCGUGCCGUCAAGGUUGAGUACGAGGAGCUGCCGGCUGUCUUUAGCAUCGAGGAGGCCAUUGAGAAGGAGAGCUUCUUCAACUUCUUCAGGGAGAUCAAGAAGGGGGACCCGGAGGAGGCGUUUAAGAAGUGUGAUUAUGUGUUCACCGGCGUGGCGAGGAUGGGUGGGCAGGAGCAUUUCUACCUGGAGACAAACGCAUCGGUGGUGAUUCCCAAGCCUGAGGACGGCGAGAUGGAGAUUUGGUCAAGUACACAGAAUCCGAGGGAAGCACAAGCAUACGCCGCCAAGGUUUGUGGUGUUCAGGCCAACAAGGUCGUCUGCCGAGUCAAGCGCCUCGGUGGUGGGUUUGGCGGCAAGGAAUCCCGAUCGGUCCAGCUCAGCACCAUUCUGGCGCUGGCGGCGAAGAAGACGCGCCGGCCGGUGCGAUGCAUGCUUACACGCGAGGAGGACAUGGUAGUCUCCGGCCAGCGACACCCCUUUUUAGGGAGGUGGAAAGUCGGUGUCAACAAGGACGGCAAACUCCAGGCGCUCGACCUCGACAUCUUCAACAACGGCGGCUGGAGCUGGGAUCUCAGCGGCGCCGUGUGCGAACGCGCCAUGACGCACUCCGACAACUGCUACAUGAUCCCCAACGUGCACGUCCGCGGCCGCGUCUGCAAGACAAACACCAUGUCCAACACGGCCUUCCGCGGCUUCGGCGGGCCGCAGGGCAUGUUCAUCGCCGAGACGUACAUGUCCGAGGUGGCCGACCGGCUGGGCAUGCCGGUGGAAAAGCUGCGCGAGAUCAACAUGUACCAGCCCGGCGAGCUGACGCACUUCAACCAGCCCAUCACCGACUGGCACGUGCCGCUCAUGUACAAGCAAGUCCAGGAAGAAUCCUCCUACGCCAGCCGGCGCGAGGCCAUCGCCCGCUUCAACGAAACCCACAAAUGGCGCAAGCGCGGCCUGGCUCUCAUCCCCACCAAAUUCGGCAUCUCCUUCACAGCACUCUGGUACAACCAGGCCGGCGCGCUCGUGCACAUUUACCACGACGGCUCCGUCCUCGUCGCGCACGGGGGCACCGAGAUGGGUCAGGGCUUACACACCAAAAUGACCCAAAUCGCCGCGCAAGCACUAGGCGUUCCCCUAGAGUCCGUCUUCAUCUCCGAAACCGCCACCAACACAGUCGCCAACUCCUCCGCGACAGCGGCCUCCGCCUCAUCCGACCUGAACGGCUACGCGAUUCACAACGCCUGCGAGCAGCUCAACGCCCGCCUAGCACCCUACCGCGCGAAACUCGGGCCUAAUGCCAGCAUGAAAGACCUCGCCCAUGCAGCCUACUACGACCGGGUGAAUUUGUCCGCGCAAGGGUUCUACAAGACCCCCGAAAUCGGCUACACCUGGGGCGAAAACACAGGCAAAAUGUAUUUCUACUUCACCCAGGGCGUAACAGCCGCCGAGGUCGAGAUCGACACACUCACCGGCACAUUCACCUGCCUUCGCGCCGACAUCAAAAUGGAUGUAGGACAAUCCAUCAACCCUGCCAUCGACUACGGCCAGAUCCAGGGGGCGUUUAUUCAGGGCGUGGGCUUAUUCACCAUGGAAGAGUCCCUCUGGCUGCGCAACGGUCCCCUAAAGGGGAAUUUAUUCACCCGGGGACCGGGGGCAUACAAGAUUCCCGGGUUUCGGGACAUACCCCAGGUGUGGAACGUCGGUUUGCUCAAGGAUGUGGAGUGGGCUGAGCUGAGGACGAUUCAGCGCAGUAGAGGGGUCGGGGAGCCGCCGUUGUUUAUGGGGAGUGCUGUGUUUUUCGCCAUUCGGGAUGCGCUUGUUGCUGCGAGGGCGGAUUAUGGUGUCAAGCCCAAGUUGGUGGGUGGUGUUGACGGUGAAGGUGCUGGUGAGGGUGAGGAUAAAGAGGGUGAUGGGUUGUUGAGGCUGGAGAGUCCGGCCACGCCGGAGCGCAUCAGACUUGCGUGUGUGGAUCCUAUUGUUGAGAGGGCGCGGGUUAAGCCUAAGGAGGGGGAGAAGAGUUUCUUUAUUGCUAUAUGAAUGGUUAGUUUCUCUUUGUUCUGGGUUAAAUACGUCUUGUUCUAUUGUUGCCGGGAAGGAAGGGCAUCUUGGUCGGUUGUUUAUUCGCCUGUGUAUUCAUCCAUGAAGGGGAAAGCCAUAGGUGGUUUUCGGGUGAAUGAAUAUAGCUCUUCUGCGCAACAAAGGACGAUGCCUUGAUUGAUAAUG